GAGAAAUAACUGAUUUUCUCUUAAAAUAAGUAAUUGUUGAAAAAAGAAACAGAGGAACUGGCAACAGAAGACAGCCAACAACGUACCACUGAAUAACUGCUCACUGCUGGCAAUCUGACCUAGAGAUCCAUCAACGGACUGCCAAACUAAGCAACUUGGGAUUCCUGGCAGUAUGGACUUAGGAAGGGCAACAUUUUGCCAAGAAUACCUUGCACCUAAAGGUACAGUAGUGAAACCCUAUUACUGGCUAACAAUGGGCCAAAGCUGUACCAAGUGCCCCUAUCACCUGCGGACAGGUGAAGAAGCAAGAGUCUCUUACAUAGAAUUUCACAAAGCCUUUGGAUUCCCAUAUGGGCCCAUGCGGGACCCAAACAACCACCUUAUCUUUUAUGAACUGAGGCACUUCUCAGGCAACUUAAUUCAAAAGGGCCAUGCUACAAACUGCACAGAGUAUGACAUUCAUCCAGAAUCAAUGUUAUUUGAGACGGGCAGUUAUCUCGACUCCAAGCUACAGGGCUACAAGAAUGCCAAGUAUAUCAUCCUUUAUUCAAACUACUCCCCUUGUAAUGAGGCUGAGCAUGGCUGCAUAAGCAAAAUUUACGAUUUCUUGACUAAAUAUCCAGAUGUCACUCUCUGUGUUUACUUCUCACAGCUGUAUCACACGGAAGAGGAUUUCCCAGUCUCUGCAUGGAACUGUGACGCUUUACAGAGCCUUGCCAGUAUGUGGCCUCGCGUGAGCCUCAGUCCAUUGUGUGGCAGCCUUUGGCACACCCUGCUCCGCAAUUUUGUGGCUGUUAUGCCUCAGGGAUCUUUUUACCACCCAAUUUUGCCAGCAAGAGCAUUGGCUGAUAGACAAAAUGCACAGCGAUUUAACAGCAUCACUGGGAAGACAUUUCCUUUUAUGACCCUCUUGCCUCAGCCAAUGCCUUGGAACUCAACUGCCAGGCCUAAUAUACAACAGUACCAUUUUUUCAGUCCGUGGUCUCAGCUUCCACCAAACAUGACCAAUGGCAGACUGCCACAAAUGUUGAUGCCACCACCCCAUUCAACACCUUCCAUUAACAUUUCUCACCCUUCCGUAAAGCAACCGUUGUAUCCCAAAUUGACUGUAAGGCACUUAAGAAUGCCAGCCAAAAUAUUAGAUGAAGCCAAAGAUCCAUAAGGCAUUCCGAAAAGGAAAUCCAUUUGUGAGGAAAGAAUUCCUGAACAACUUCCAGUUAGCAGGUCUGCAGAACAUAAAGACCACAGGAAGAAAAAGAAUUAAAUGCACCUCACCUAAAAGUCUAACACAGGCAUAACCAAUUAAGUCAGCGCUAAUAGGCCACACAAGAAAUAUACAAUAAGCAGGAGGCCUUGUGCUAAUUUGCCAGUGAGAAACAGAUAUUAUUGUCAUGUGCACUGCAGAUGUCAUGCGAACAGAGAUCAACCAGCAGCAGCUGGCAGAACCAAGGCCAGGCAUUCAUUUGGCAUCCCUACUGUUGGCACACGGGCAUCAAUUGCCAACAGUAGGCAGGGUAGCCAAGGAAAACUCUUAUUUUGUCAACCCAAAGGGUCCAGCGAAUUACAUUAACUGCCAGCAGCAGAGAGGGAGCCAACCCUCCAUUUUCUGUUUACAACCGUUGUCCCCAUGAGACUUGUACCUUUACAACAAUUUUAUACCGAUUCGCACAAUUUUGAUUCUUGAGCAUGCUCACGGGAAAUUGAGGUAGACCUUUGAUAAAUAAAGCCAUUGUAAAUAGACAUGCUGCUUAGUGGUAGAGCAGCUGCUUCGAACACAGAAGGUCUUGUGAUCAAUCUCAGAGAUCUCCAGUUAGAAGGAUCAGGUAGCAGGUGAUGUGAAAGAUCUCCACCUGAGAUACUGGAGAGCCCCUGCCAGUCACGGUAGACAGUACUGACCUUGGGUAGACCACAGGUCUGAUUCAGUAUAAAGCAGCUUCUGGUAUAUGUUUCUGUCACCUGAAACAGAAUCAAGAGGAGCUCAGAAACUGAGAUCUAACAAGCAGUUAAAUUUUCUUUUCUGUGGUUUCCACUUUUUCAGCUUUUGCCAGAUAUUGCUUAUCAGUUCUCAAACUGAAAUUGUGGAAUAGACUUUCAAAUGCCAGCAGUACACAGUGCAUCAGACACUAUAGACUAAGCGAAUUCCCCCAAUCUCUGUGGUAAAACUCUGUAGAGAUUGGGGGGAAAUUCUAAAGUGUCGUGGAUAUAGUUACUAGAAUUGGUGUAGCCUUGUCUGCAAUGCCAUUUCCACCAGUCCAUUUUCUCACACAGCAAGCCAAUGGAGAUGGGAAGUUGAGCACUCUUAAUAGUGCUCUGUUGGGUACUCAUGCAUAUAGAUAUGCUAACAGGUAACUGGAUUAGGUGCCACCAUUGUUAACAAGAACUGUCAUCGCCUAGAGAGGGCCCCAAUAAUCGAGCAUAUUUGUCCAGGCCCAUCCCCUCUGCACAAAUGCCCAUGGGGAACUUUUAAGAGGGGUAUAUAUUUGAGAUUUAAACAGAAUUCAUAGGCAGCAGCUACUGUAGAAGCAACAUCUACUGGACAGGGGAUACCUCACUGAAGCAUCCAUUCUCUGGUAGUUUCAGCACCCAGAUGUUCUGAUUUUCAUGGCCUGCCAUGCCAGAAUUACUUCCUUUUCAUGGUUUUGUACAGGUAAGUAACUCCUACCCUAGCUAAUUGAUCCACAGCCUGAUUGUACAAGGCCUCUGGAGUAUCAGUGGUGCAUUCAAGCACAUAUCCUAGAAACACCUAUAUGCUUGGUUAUCAAUACGCUGCCAUCGUUCCUGACUCCACAAUGGUUGGUUGUGUAAAGUAAACGCUUCUCAUUUCCAUUUAGGAAACUAUGUCAUGAGGCCUUUGUACAGGAAUCUAUGUGUAAUUAAAUUUAUUUACUUACUUACUUAAUUUAUACCCUGCCUUUAUCCCCAGUGUGGACUCAAAGUGGCUUAUAUUGUUCUCCUCUCCACCAUUUUAUCUUCAACACAGUGAUGUAGGCUAUGCUGAGAGUGUGUGAUUCGCCCAAGGUCACCCAGCAAGCUUCUGUGGCAGGGGGAGAUUCAAACUUGGGUCUCUCAGAUUCUAGACCAACCCUCUAGCCACUACAUCACUGGCUUUUCCUGUUUUAUUUUUCUCUCUGUUUUAUUGGAAGAAGAAAGACUGAAUCCCCCUCAUAGGGACAACAAGGUGGCACAUACCUGUAACUGUUGUUCAUUGCCGUGUCUUCUGUGCAGUCCCACACUGAUGACUGUGGAGGUGCAGGCCUGCCACAUGGAGAAGGUUUUUCUACAUUAAAAGUUUCUGGAGGGGGCGCCUCCUCCCGUUGGAAUACGCAAUAUGUUCUUUCCCCACCUUAGUGUCAUAUGAUUUGAACAGAGAGUGCCCCUCUUUCUCUCAGUUUCUCCUGAGAUGCUGCAAGCCAUCAAUGUAACUUAUUUAACAAUAGAAAGCUCACAAUGGGGCAGGAAGGAGGGAAUGUGU